CUCUUCCUGGGCAUCUACCUGGCUGCUCUACUGGGCAAUGUCCUCAUCAUCACUGCCAUAGCCUGCGACCACCACCUCCAUACUCCCAUGUACUUCUUCCUCUUUCACCUCUCCUUCCUUGACCUGGGCUCUGUCUCCACCACUCUCCCCAAAGCCAUGGCCAACUUGCUGUGGGACACCAGGGCCAUCUCCUAUAGGGGAUGUGCUGUACAAGUCUUUCUGCUUGUCUUCCUGAUUGGAGCAGAAUAUUCCCUUCUCACCAUCAUGGCCUACGACCGCUAUGUUGCCAUCUGCAAACCCCUGCACUAUGGGACCCUGAUGAGUAGCAAAGCUUGUGUCCACAUGGCAGCAGCUGCCUGGGCCAGUAGUUUUCUCAGUGCUGUGCUGCACACUGUUGAUACCUUUUCAAUACCACUCUGCCAUGGUAAUGCUAUAGACCAGUUCUUCUGUGAAAUUCCCCUGCUGCUCAAACUCUCCUGUGCAGAAUCCGACCUCAGGGAAAUCGGGCUAAUUGUGGUUACCGCAUUUUUAAUCUUUGCUUGUUUUGUUUUCAUCGUGCUGUCCUAUGUGCAGAUCUUCAGGGUUGUGGUGAGGAUGCCCUCGGAGCAGGGGUGGCACAAAGCAUUUUCCACGUGCCUCCCCCACAUGGCCGUGGUCUUCUUGUUUAUCAAUACUCUAAUGCUGGGCUACCUGAAGCCCCCCUCCAUCUCCUCCCCAGCUCUGGAUCUGGUGGUUACUAUUCUGUACUCAGUAGUGUCUCCAGCAGUGAACCCCCUGAUCUACAGCCUGAGGAACAAGGAGCUCAAAGGCACAUUGAAGAAACUCAUCUUACUUGUGGUGGUUCAGAAGCAGUGA